AUUGAUAACAGAGAGAGCAGUUAUAAUAAAAAACACAGUAUUUUCCCACUCACUAUGGGAAAAAAGCCGAAGGUGGAGCAAAGCUUGGGAAGUUUGCUCUGGGCUUUUGCUUGAGCAAGUGCGGCAGUUGCAGGCUGUGUGUGGCUCCUUAGUUGCUGUUUUGGGACUUGGCUUUUGUUUCAGGGAGAUUAAGACCAAAGCAAUACAGACCUGGGCAUUUCCUGCUCAAUUUCUAAAGUAACGGAAUGUAGGACUGUGAAGAAGGCCGUUGAGGUAGAAAGAAGUGACAGAGUGCCCGCCUCAGAUGAAGAAAGUGAGGCAGUGCAAGAAACCAGCAUGAUGGAAUAGCUGCCCUGGGAUGAUGAGUCAGAUUCACUGUGGUCCCGCAGGCCUUUCCUCAUGCCUGCUCCAGCUUGGCCACCUACAGCCAAAGCUGGAGGUGUGAGUGCAGCAAAGCUGUUGUCCAGAAUCACGGCACAGGCUCUGAGGCUGAUUGUUGCCUGCAGUGUGUGGGGAGGAUAUUGCCAGCAGCAAUUGCCAGAGAGAUGCUUGAAGGCAUCUCUGGACACUGUGGGGUUUUGGAGGGGUUCUUACACUUUUAGCUCAGGCAGUAAAGACUGUCCCAAGACAAUGCUAUUCCCUUUGAAGUGCUGAAGAGGAACCACUGAGCUCCUCACCCUUGUCCCUCUCCUCUCCACAGCAGCUCCAGCUCCACCUCUGGGCUGUCUCUCAUGGGGCUCUUAGCAGCCUCUGAGAUACCCCACCUCCUGAGAGGGCAGCCCAAGCUCUUUUCAGAAGAGAGCUGUGCCUCAACACUUGAACCAAGCCUUGCAAACUCUUGUGAUAUAGACAUCCACACUUGCAGCCCUGCAGAUGCACAUGUGAACUGAGAUGCACAUGUGGGACACAUGCAUGCCCAUGCCCUGCAGUGCUAUUUCUGAAAUGCCCGGGCUGCUUCUGAGGGAGCUGACGUGCCACUGCAGCAGGAAAACACCUCUGCAUACAAGGGGCUGCAGCAACAACCACCCCUGGGUUUCUCCUUGUGUGUUGUUCUGUUCAGUCGCCAGUCCCUUGGUUUCUCGCUAUAUUCCUGUUCUCUCCCACUCCCUCUCUGUCUUGCUGUCUAUCCAAAGCUUCUUCAACAAUCUCCAUCCCGCCCCAACCCAGACUUCGUUCUCUCCUACUCAUUCUGCUCCUUUCUGCUCAUUCUGCGUCUCUUCCUCUUUCCCUGCUGCGUCUUCCUGCAGCUCUGCUCCCAUUCCCUGCCCCUCUUUUGCUCUCGUUGCCUCUCCGUUCUGCUUCCUGUCCCUGUCUCUUCUGUCUUUAUUUCUCGGCUCUGCUCCCUGUGCCACGCUCAGCUCAGACUCCCAGGCGAGCUGCCCCGGCAGCCGGGACACGGCGGAGAGCUCUCCUGCAGCAGCGGCGAAUCGGGCCCGGGAGAGGCGCCUCGGCCCUCGGGCCGGAGCGGGGGCGCUCCGCGCCAGCGGGAGCAGCUGGAGCUGCGGCCCGGGAGGCGGGGCGGGCACAGCCCCACAGCCCCGUUCCCGCCCCUCAUGGCCACAAUGGGAAAGAACAGGGGUUCUCUUGGGAAACCAAGAGACUGGCAACUGGACAGAGCAACACACAAGGGGAAACCCAGGGGCGGUUUUUGCUGCAGCCCAAUAAAUCCAGAGGUGUUUUCCUGCUGCAGUGGUUGCUCCGAGCCAGCGGGAGCAGCUGGAGCUGCGGGGCGGGCACAGCCCCACAACCGCGUGCCCGCCCCUCACGGCCCCGUGCGAAAUGGCGGCAGCAGGGGGCAAGGAGGCCGCGGGCCCCGGGCAGCGCUGCCUCCGUGCCGUGCCACACACGCGGCAGGCGGCUUCAGCAGCAGCACAGGUCUCGGGGCACUGGUCCCACAGCUGGUGACGAGCCGCCGAGCAGCGCAAUGCCUCGAGUGCGUUAAAGGAGAGACUGGGUGUAUAACCCGUUAAAGGAACAAAGAAGGGCAGUGUUCAUCGGUGCCACCCCUCGGGCAGGAAUAGAGGGCCCGAGAUAGCACUCAGACUCAAUGCCGAGGCAGCUGGGCAGCCUGCCUGGCUUCUGGGCAGGAGAUGUCACCAAGACAUCCUCCAGCCUGGUACGGCCCUCUGCUUAUCAUUAUGUGCCACAGCCUUCAAGGUGGGCUGUGAUCUGUGCUCAAUUCCAGAGGAUGGCAUUGGCCAAGCUGAUGCGGCUUGUCGGUUGGAGUCUGCUUAUGAGCCUUGGAGAGACACCCUAAAGGGGGAAAUCUGUCCGUGCCUCUGUGCUUGCAGCUCUAAACACCUGGGGGUUAACUGGUGCUUCAGGGGCAAUUAUACCAAAGGUGCUCUAGAAGGCUUUCCAAGAGAUUCUAGCGUAGCGUGCCUGGCGCACGUAAAUCCUGAAUAUUUCCUUCCCAGAAGAGCUGCUAAGCUAAAAGGCUACCCGUGUUAACUGUUACCUGCAGGAACUGACACAUUUGUGUGUCUCCCAUGGCAUUACCACCUGGGGUCUGAGGACAAGCAAGAGGGAGCUCAGGGCCUCUGGAUGACUGCUUGAGGGAUCUGGGCCGCAUGUGGUAUUUACUUCUGCCACUUGCAGUGACCCAGACACAGAAAGGUUCUAGAGGUGAAUACCUGGCACCCUGGUGUGCCCAACAGAAGUGUAGGGCUUUGACUGUGGGUUACUCCACAGGACACCAGGCCUGAUGGUGGCACAUGGGCUACACCUGCCUCCAAGGGAAAAAGGAUCUUGGCUCAGGAGUUAGUGGGGCUCCUUAAGAGGGCUUUACGUAGGUUUGGAAGUGGAAAGGGAAUAUACUAGGCUCACCUGGGAGAAGCAUGAGCACUGCAAACACAUGUUUGCAUGACAGUGGAGGAUGGAAGCAGUGCUGCCAUCAAAGAUCAUGAAACUGUAGCACAAGUAAUGGGGAAAACAGGUUUCUUGCCAGAAUGCUGUCAGACAAAAAUACUACCAAAGAAAGACACAAUUGAGUUUUUUACAGCAGCCUUCAUACAGGGCUGCUGAUGGGGAUUUAUGAAGAAUAGGACCUGAGUGCCUCUGCAUUCCCAUGCACAGUGCUGCCUCCCAGAAUACAUCAACCCUUCUCCAUUUUGCUCCUUCCAUUCCUAUGCAGAAUAAGGAAAUCAAUAGAGGGCGGGUCCAGGAAUUCACAUGCAAUGUGGGUGUACAUUGGGGAGUUCACAGACACCACUAUGUUAUGAGGUCACAGAGCCCUGUUUGAUGUGAGGUUCCAGAGCCCCACUGCUGCUCUUCAGUGCUCGCUCUGGGCAACACUGCAGCAGCAGCAGCAGCAGUGGCAGGAGCAGCAGAAUCAUGGUCCUGGGCCACUACCUCCUGCUCCUCUUUCUCCUGGCCCUGCAAGCCCAGAAUGCCCAGAGUGCUCCAACACCUGGGCAGGGAGCAGUUGUGGACACAGAGAGAACUCUUUCAGCCCCUGAGCUGGAGCCAAAUACCAUGCUGAUUCCGAGCUGGUACCUCAAGCGGAAUAAUUAUGACAAGGUUCCUGAAGAAUUCCCUGAAGGAUUCCCAGAUGUUUCAGAGGAGCUCCUGAACACCUUGCAUGAAGCCCCAUCUGAAAAUCUGGCUAUGGAUUCCUCUUGUCUUGGGGGACAGCAGGCUCCUCACUGCCACUUGCCAGAAUGCCCGGCCACGGUACUGUGCUCUUGGAAAGGGACAGUGGCUUCUGGUUACAGUGUCCAGUGUUUUUUUCUGAAGAGACGGAUUCUGAGACUGUGCUGGAGACCUUCCCUAUGGAAGAAAAUGGCAGCCUGCCAGGCUCAGAUGAAGAAAGAGAACCAACAGAGGACACCAGCACACUUGCUGAGCCUGGGGAAUAUUCAUGGUCAGCUGCUGGGCAAAAAGCCAAGACUGCUGGACAGUGGGAAUUUAGCAAGAACUACAUUCUAGCAUCUGUAGCAGUCUCGGCUCUGCUGCUGCUUGCAGCAGUGGUUGGGUACAUAAUCAUGUACCAGGCUGCUGAAGCGAGACAUGUGAGUUAUUCAUUGCUGCCAUUGGCAAUGAAGGGUUUGCACCAGGCUGGAGUGCCCAGGCAGCUCCUAGCAAGGCUCUGUGGAAACCGCUGCAGUGCAAUGCUUUAACUGUGCUCCAAAUUCAUAUCUAUGAGGAGUCUUGGAAAUCUGUUUCUACAGCAGGACUCAGGAAGACAAGGAGGCAACAAGACAGGACUGGGACUCUUCCAGGGAAAGCUGUGGUCUGCCUAGACGUGAAGCAGAAUCAAGCUGCCGCCUGUUUCCUGAGGUCUUUGCAGCAGAGCUUGCCCAGGUGUACAAGAACAUGGGCACAGACCGCUCACCUCUGCCCAUGUGUUCCUUCUGUGCUCUGGCUGACGGUGCUUCUUCACGGGACCACUGGAUUUCCCUGGACUCACCUCAGCCCACACCAUUCUGGUGCCCCUGCUACCAGUACCAGCAGGAACACUUUAUAUUAGGGGACCAUGAUUAGUGAUAGUGAGAGUUAUAAAUAGUGAUAGGGAUGGUGACACCUGCAGUGAUACUUUUAGUGGUAGUGACACUUUUAGUGAUAGUGAUACUUUAUAUUAGAGGAUAACGAUUAUUUUACUGAUAGUGGUAGCAUAUAAAUAAAUGUAUUUCCAAAAGCAGUAA